GUGAGAGUGUAUAGUGUUUACUUCCUUGGGACCAAAGUUUCAGAGAGAGAGAGAGAAAAAGAGAGAGAGAGUCGCCAUAAGAUUUGUUGCGUUUCGUCAAAGGUUGUUUAAUCGCUUGAUUUUCUCGCUGUUUCAUAUUUUCUUUCACCUUUUUAAUGUGUUUAUAGCCAAUCCAGAGAGUAAAAAACUGCAUGAUCGACAAUGCAGACUGAAAAAACGCUUGUUUGUUGCAGCCGCCGCCGUCUUCGGUCGGCGUCCCCGAUGUUGGAAGAGGGUUCUGAGGAUUUUAGGAGGAGGAAGCGGUUGAGGGUUUCUGCCAAGUUUCAAGUCAAUGAAACGGUGGAGGUGAGGAGUGUGGAAGAGGGAUUUCUGGGCUCAUGGCAUCCGUGUACAGUAAUCCAUGCAGAGAAGGGGAAGCGCCAUGUCAGGUAUCAAAAUGUUUUAGAUGAUAGUGGGUUGGAACAUCUUGUGGAGGAAGUGAGUGUUUCGAAAGUUUUAGAUGGUUAUACGAGUUCCUCAGAUUUCUGUAGACGUGGAGUGAUUAGGCCCCUGCCUCCUUGGAUUGACUUUGAGAUACAAGACCUUAAAUUUGGUCUAUGUGUUGAUGUGUACCAUGAGGAAGCUUGGUGGGAAGGUGUGAUAUUUGAUCACUGUGAUAGUAUGGAGGAGAGGAGUGUAUUUUUCCCUGAUAUGGGUGAUGAAAUGAGGAUUGCAGUUGAUGAAAUGAGGAUUACUCAGGACUGGGAUGAAGUUACAGAGAAAUGGGAGAAGCGAGGGAAAUGGGUGUUUCUUGAAUUGAUUGAGGAAUGUGAGAGGGAAUCAUAUGUUGCAGUUUCAGCUAGGCAAAUUUGGUAUGAUGUGCAGGAAAGAAAGGAUUUUGGCGUGGUCGGGGAGUGGACCUUUAAUGUGAAAGAUUUGUUGAGGGACAUGGUGAUGGAGGUAGUGAGUGACUACUGGACUCUUACAGUUAAUGAAAUCUAUUCAGUCUUAGAUCUUCCAGGGUGUUUAUUAAAUAAAACACAACAGAUGGAGUCAGUUGAAAAAGAAAAUUCUGAGCUGCAAGAAUUUGUUCUUCCUGUUGAAAAGGACUUACCACUGUUUCAGAAAGAAGUUUCCUGCUGUGGUGCUGGUGAAGUAGUUUCAGGUGCUAUCCGUUCUGCUAAAAGAAGAAAAGACGGAUCAUCUUGGAAACCUCUGAAAUUGUCUGAAAUUGAAUUGUGUCCUGAUGCUGUUCAGCAAUACAUACUUGCUACGAGCAAGGAGGAUAAGGAAAUGUGGAAGGAAAAGGUAAGAAAACAUCUGGCAUAUCUUGGAUGUGAAAUUGAAUGGGCAGAAAAAAAUUCAGGUGUUAAAAGGUAUAAGUACAAGUUGCCUGAUAAACUGGGACAAAAGGCUUACUAUUCACUUAUUCAACUUUGUGAAGUUAUGCUAAAUGACUCCAGCAUGAACCCUAUCCGUUCUGCUAAAAGAAGAAAAGACGGAUCAUCUUGGAAACCUCUGAAAUUGUCUGAAAUUGAAUUGUGUCCUGAUGCUGUUCAGCAAUAUGUACUUGCUACGAGUAAGGAGGAUAAGGAAAUGUGGAAGGAAAAGGUAAGAAAACAUCUGGCAUAUCUUGGAUGUGAAAUUGAAUGGGCAGAAAAAAAUUCAGGUGCUAAAAUGUAUAAGUACAAGUUGCCUGAUAAACAGGGACAAAAGGUUUACUAUUCACUUAUUGAACUUUGUGAAGUUAUGCUAAAUGACUCCAGCAUGAACUCUAUGCUUCACCAAAAUGAUCCAAGUAUAAUGCAUCCUACAGAUGACUGUCAUCUUUCAAAUGUGCUUCCUAAUCCUUCAGAAACGAUUGAGGACCCAGAUAGUUGUCCUCAAAUCGAGCCGCCUCCUUCUGUUGUAGUUGUUGAUGAACCUCAAGGUUUGCAACCCCAAAAUGAUCAGAGUAUAGUGCAUCCUACAGAUGACUGCCAUCUUAUAAAUGUGCUUCAUAAUCCUUCAGAAAAGAGUCAUGACCUAGAUUGUUGUCCUCCUCCUGCUGAGCCACCUUCAGUUGCAGAUAUUGAUAAGCCAGAGUAUCCAUUAAAUGAAGUCUAUUCUGAGUUGAAAGAAUCUGUUCUUCCUGUCGAAAAGGACUUAGCACUUUUUCAGAAAGAAGUUUCCUGCUGUGGUGCUGGUAAAGUUGUUUCAGGUGCUAUCCAUUCUACAAAAAGAAGAAACACUAGAUUAUCUUGGAAACCUCUGAAAUUGUCUGAAAUUAAAUUCUGUCCUGAUGCUGUUAAGCAUUAUGCACUUGCUAAGAGCAAGAAGGAAAGAGGAAUUUGGAAGGAAAAAGUAAGAAAACAUCUGGCAUAUCUUGGAUGGGAAAUUGAAUGGGCAGAAAAAAAAGAUGGUUCUAAAUGUUAUAAGUACAAUUUGCCUGAUAAACUGGGAAAUUAUUUUUACUUAUCACUUCUUGAACUUUGUAAAGGUAUGCUAAAUGACUCCAGCAUGAACUCUUUGUUGCCCCAAAAUGAUCUGAGUAUAAUGCAUCCUACAGCUGACUGUCAUCUUUCAAAUGCUCUUCUUAAUCCUUCAGAAAAGGUUGAGGACCCAGAUAGUUGUCUUCAAAUUGAGCCGCCUCCUUCUGUUGCAGUUGUUGAUGAUCCAGGGUAUUGUCUACAAGCUUUGCAGCCCCAAAAUGAUCAUAUUAUAGUGCAUCCUUCAGUUCACUGUUAUCGUGUAAAUGCACUUCCUAAUCCUUCAGAAAAGAGUCAUGACCUUGGUAGUUGUCCUCCUCCAGCUGAGCCACCUUCAGUUGCAGUUGUUGAUAAGCCAGAGUAUUGUCCUGAAGCUGUGGUGGUAUAUUAUGAACAUGUAUUCAUGAAGAGUCGCAGGGCUGAUAAGAAGAAAUGGAUAAACAAAGCAAAGAACCAUUUGUUAGCUGAAGGAUGGAUUCUUGACGAUCCACCUCCAGACAAUAGAAAAAGGGGGAUUAUAUACACAUCUCCUCAAAAUCGGAAAUUCAGAACACUCCAUGAAGCAUGCAAAUUUUGUAUUGAAGUAAGUAAUCUUAAAUGGAAUAUUUCUGGUAUGCAGCCUUUAGAUGUUCCAGAGGAACCUGAGUUACAUACUAUAGAUGAUGUUGCUGUGAAAAGAUCAACUGCAAAUCAGAAACAGAGAUGCAUAAGAAACUCAAAGACCAGCCUGCUUAAGAGCCAAGGCAAUGAAUUACCUCUACGGAUGCGAUCAAAUAAAAGGGUGCAAAAGGUGACUUCCGCUUGUCUGUCACACCAGAAGCCUCGAAAUGUUCUGUCUUGGUUGAUAGACAGUAACAUUGUGUUACCGAGGUCUAAGGUUUAUUAUCAGGGGAAAGAAAGGUGCCAUUUUAUGGCUGAGGGGCGAAUAACUCGUGAUGGAAUCAAGUGUAGUUGUUGUCAGAAAAUAUAUAGUCCUGCUGGCUUUGAAAACCAUGCUAGUGGCUGGAGUUCCUGCAGACCUGCUGCUACUAUCUUUUUCGAAGAUGGGAGGUCUCUCUUAGAUUGUCAGAUACAGUUAUUGCAAGAUCACAAGGAAAGGGAAACUAAGGAAAAACCAUUCAGUGAUUUGUGUCAAGGCAAGAAUGACUACAUUUGUUCUGUAUGCCACUAUGGUGGUGAACUUAUUUUAUGUGAUCAAUGCCCGUCUGCUUUUCAUAAGACGUGUCUUGGUUUGAAGGUUAUCCCGGACGGUGACUGGUUUUGUCCAUCAUGUCGCUGUGGAAUUUGUGGUAACAGAAAAAUUGACGGAGAUGAGGAUGAAACUUUCCUUACUUGCAUUCAGUGUGAACAUAAAUAUCACAUUAGGUGCCUGAAAAAUAGAGAUGUGGAUAAAUCAAGAAGGUAUAGGGAAAACUGGUUCUGCGGAGAAGACUGUGAGAAGAUAUAUGCUGGCCUUAAUGAACUAUUGGGAGUGCCAGUUUCCGUGGGUGCAGACAAUCUAACUUGGACACUAAUGAAGUUCACUGACUCCGAGAGUUUUGAUCUUGGUAGCACUAAAGGAGAGUUUCUGGCAGAAAGCUUCAGCAAACUAAAUGUUGCUCUUUCAUUGAUGCAUGAGUGUUUCGAACCUAUGAAGGAACCUUUCUCUAGUAGAGAUAUCAUGGAAAAUGUUAUAUUCAGCAGAAGGUCAGAACUCCACCGAUUAAAUUUCCAGGGUUUCUAUAUUGUACUUCUUGAGAGAAAUGAUGAAAUGAUUAGUGUGGCAACUAUUAGGGUCUACGGAGAUAAGGUAGCAGAAGUACCGCUAGUUGGAACAAGAUUCCAGUAUCGUCGACAUGGAAUGUGUCGCAUUUUAAUGAAUGAGCUUGAAAAGAAGCUCAUGCAAUUGGGAGUGGAGAGGCUUGUUUUGCCUGCUGUUCCGGGCGUGCUAGGAACGUGGACCGGCUCUUUUGGCUUUGUAGAGAUGACAAAUUUUGAGAGAUCACAAUUUCUGGACUAUACUUUCCUAGACUUUCAGGAUACCAUCAUGUGCCAGAAGCAGUUGAUGAAGAUUCCAUCUCCAAUUUCUGUUUUGACAACAGAGUUCCAACAAAAACAUGAUGAUUUCUCUGGAAGUUGUAGUGUUAACUUCGAUAAAUCUAGUCCAGCAUCUGAAGUAUCCCAAGCUGGAGAGACUGAGAAAAAAGGAAUGCAGGACGAACAAAUGGAGGAUGACAAUGCAGGCAGUGAUGAAAAUGAUCAUCAUGGUAGUGGUGUUGUUGACCCUGUCACCAUGGUGAAGCAAACAUGUUCUGAGGAUCAAAAGUUACAGAGUGGAACAUCUUCACAGUGCUCUCUUGAAAGACAAGCUGAUAGGUAUAAUAAUGGGUCAUACAAGUACUACCGACGAAGGAAAAUGAGAGAGGUCUCUGUAGGAUUUUGAAUGAUGACAUUAUGAGGAGAGAAGAUUUUUGUUGAAUAGGAUUGAAGUGUCUAUCAAUCCAAGACUAACCUCAGAAAGUGCAGUUCCUUUGUAUAUAGUGCGGGAUACAUGUGUAAAAUAGAAGGGUUAACUUUGAGUGAUGUCACUUGCAUUUUGGUGGAGUAACAUGUGCAGUUAGUGCCUAAUUAUGAAAACUUGAAUGGACUUGGGAUAUUGAUGUGAUGUCAAUUUUGCUCUUUUGCCUGUGCAUAUACCUCUUAAUUAUGAAGGUGGAAAAACACAAACCGGACUAAACUUUGUUAAA